UGCCUGUUUGUCAUCUUGGCCUUUGUUUCGACUGGUCGUCGGAACUGCAGCCGGCCCCGUGCGGUGAUUAUUAAAUUUCCCUUCCGAGGAUGAUUACCCACUUCGGCUCGGCUCUGCUCCGGUCCUUGUCGGCCUGUGUUGCGGUUGGACGAGAAUUUCUGUGGUCACUCGCCGUUUGGAACAGUCUCUGUCGACCGUGUAGCAUUCAUUCACACCUCGCACUUCAUAACAGUCUACUGAGGACCAAGGCGGUUUUUAGCCUCAGCGGUGUGGAUAGUUCCGACACACAGAACCCAGCAUCAUCAGCAUCGGCGACAGCAGCAACAACACCAGCAUUAGUAUCGAUACUCGGGGGUGGUGAAUCAUAUCUUCCGAUGGGUUUGGGCUCGCCUCGAUCAGUCGUCGGGUAAAUCCAAUAGCAGCAGCAAGAUCAGCUGCUGCAGCAGCGAGUCAAUCAUCACUCCACUAGGUAGGUUGUGUUUACCUAAACGGGUAGUUUUAUGUGCACAGGUGUUAGGUGUGUGUUACCGAAAAACCAUGUUCAAAGGAUUCAUCAAAUUUAACGGAUACGCUGUGGCGAUUAGUUGCAUAAACUAUGCUGUCACACGGAUACUAGAAACAAACGUCGAGGGAAGUGUGCUACAGCAGCUUCCUUGGAUGAACAAACUACUAGCAACGAAUUCUCGACCUGAAUCGGUCAUCUACAUCGGUUUCCUGGUAGCCAGUAUAAUCUUAUUAAUGGGAAUCUUUUGGGAAUGCAAAGCCCUAAUGAUACCGUUUAUCAUCUCGUACAUCGUAGUCCUGUACGAGGAAACCAACGGAACUUUCCUGAUGAGCCAUUUGUGGCAGGUUGCGUACACAUUUUAUGCUGCAGUCAGUUUACUGCUGCUGUUGAUGCUGGGGAUUUGUGCGUGUUGUCGAACUGACGCGGGAAACAACAAUCGCAAGCCGAAUCAGAAAGGAUGCUUGGAGUACUUCUGCUGCUGUUUGCGGUGUUACCGGACUCCUCAGAAGAUCAAGCCGGACAUAUCGCGACAGUGUUCCUGCGAAACGCUCAACAUCAGGGUGGCGGAACCUCACGAAAAACACUACCACCGGGUGAUAUUUGUGUGAUUGGCGGAAGGAACCAGAGCCCGCAGUGCCAAACCGUGCUUCCUUAGGUGCAGACGACCAAAGAGAGGGUCGCCUUAGUUUGACUUCUCGAAUCGAGUAGCAACCGAAAACUUGUGAUUUUAGACGAAAUACGAGUUACCAUUAGGAUAAGAAUACUCCUUCUCUAGUGAAAUUACGGAUUAGGGAAACAACGAAACGAUAAGAGUAACAAUUUCGUAGGAACUCGUAUCUAGGAUACUCAAUCGUAUAGUGUAAUUAGAUCGUAAGUGUUACCACCGACUGAAAUAGCAAAGUUUUAGGACGGAAGUGCAUUUCUGAGCACAGCCGAAGUGAACUAAUAGGAAAACGAAGUGAUUCAUCAGUAAAUGCCGAUCGGUGGACAAAGUGGACAACAAUUUAUGAAAGUAACUUUCCAAGCUCAAGUCAGCCCCGUGACCACUGAUCGAUGACUCAUUCUCAGUGGGGAUCACAUUUUACGCCCUGGAAAAGGGAGUUUCGUAGGAAUACCCUUAGUGUAGAAGUAAAAUGUUAUUAUUUUUUUCUGAAAAUGGGUUACUGAGAAAAAGUGUUACAAUAAAGUUAUGAAAUAAAGUCUUCUAGGUUUUUGAAUUUCCACUGAUUUUAAAUAACACUUAAUUUUGUGUGAUUAAACGGCAAACAAUUUCCAAUUCGUGGUGAGAUGCUUUUAUUUACGAACGAAACAGAAGGAAUACACAAUUUUUUGUGAACAGUGGAACUGCCUGAAACCUUCUCCUUCGGGUUCUGGAGCCAUUUGUAGUCAUACAUUACAAAACGUCCUAACACAUGGAUCAAUAAGUCCCGAGACUAAAGCAAAGAUGGCGCUCGUAGUAAACCAGUAACCACGUCUUUCUAGAGUACUAACCUUUGCUUGAAACGGAUCAAAAUUUUAAGUCGAUCCGACCAGAAACAGCUGAGUUAUCGAGGUUGGAGUAAAGUCGUUUUGUAGUUUGUUUAAAAAAUGGAAAAAAAACCGAGUUUCGUGUUUUGAUAAAACAUUGUUUUUUUAAUGGGUAUAAUCACCGUGCAAGCGAAACAAUGGAUUGAAAAAUGUUAUCCGGACUCUUGUUCAUCAAAAGCAACGAUUUGUCGGUGGUUCGCCGAGUUUAAACGUGGUCGUACCGACACAAAUGACGCGGAACGCUCGGGUAGACCUGUAGAAGCCGUUACACCGGAAAAUGUGAGUGAAGUGACAAAAAUUAUAAUCAAAGAUCGUAAAGUGAGGCUCCGUGAAAUUGCUGAGAUGACACAGAUAUCAUAUGGAAGUGUAUUUACUAUCCUUCAUGAAAAAUUGAGCAUGAAAAAGGUUUUUUCCAAGUGGGUGCCGCGAUUGCUUUCGACAAUGACCAUGCACCCUGCCACAAGUCGAUGAAAACAAUGGCGAAAUUGAUCGAAUUGGGCUUUGAUCUGCUUCCCCACCCCCCAUACUCGCCAGAUUUAGCCCCCAGUGACUACUGGCUCAUUGCUGAUCUUAAAAAAAUGCUCCAGGGAAUAAGAUUUGGCUCAAAUGAGGAGGUCAUCGCUGAAACUGAAGCUUAUUUUGAAGCGAAAGAUAAUUUUUUUUAUAAACAUGGUAUUGAAAAAUUGGAAAUACGUUGGAACCGUUGUAUCACCCUAAAAGGUGAUUAUGUUGAUGAAUAAAAAAAAAUUUUGCAAAAAAAAUGUUGUUUCCAUUGUUAGUCUCGGGACUUAUUGAUCCAUGUGUUAAGUGCAAAUGACAGUUUCUCUUUGUUUAUAAACAUAAACAAAGAGAAUCUUUAUUUGCACUUAAGACGCUUUUUACGGUUCUAUUGGCAAUCCUUCCUUUAAACUCUUAACAUAAAAUAAUCCCGAAACUAUCAAUUUAUUAUCUGCAAUGAGGAAAUUUUUCGAAAAUACAGGAAUAUGCCUCAAUAGAACAAACCUAAAAAAACAAGUAGACGCAAUGUUUACACUAUUUAUGUAACGACUUUUAGGAUAUUGGUGCAGUUUUCUUUCUGAUGGCUAGAACGAAAAACGAAU